CUCACUAGCCGUGAUGUCUCUAUCUUCCAUUCUCUUUUUCUCCUUCUUUCUCAUUCUCAAUUCCAUCACAUCAUCAACUGCUUCACUAGGUCAAUGGGACCUUGUCCAGAAAAGUAUUGGCAUAUCAGCCAUGCACAUGCAGCUUCUCAACAAUGAUCGUGUCAUCAUCUUCGACCGCACCGACUUUGGCCGUUCCAAUCUCUCCUUGCCAGCUGGCAUGUGCCGGGAUGACUCCAAUGAGUUGGUUAUCCAACAUGACUGCACUGCUCAUUCCGCAGAAUAUGAUGUCCAUAAUAAUUCUAUACGAGCCCUUAAUAUCCUAACCGAUACCUGGUGCUCUUCCGGUGCAGUCUCCGCCGACGGAGUCCUCAUCCAAACCGGUGGAUUCAACGACGGUGACCGUGUUGUUAGGCUUUUCCAACCGUGUAUUACUUGUGAUUGGCAAGAGAUUCAAAAUGGUCUCAUUCAACGACGUUGGUAUGCCACCAAUCAAAUACUACCUAAUGGACAGGUCAUCGUGAUCGGCGGUCAAGAGAACAAUUACGAGUUCUAUCCAAAAACCCCAUCCACCAAUACUGUAUUCAACUUAACCUUUCUAGAACAAUCCAGUAAUCUCUACCCUUUUGUUCACCUCAACGUGGAUGGUAACUUAUUCAUCUUCGCCUACAAUGAAGGAAUCUUGUUCAACUAUACCAGUAACACCGUCGUGAAAACUUUUCCGGUGACACCAGAUUAUCAGCCUCGGACCUAUCCAUUCACUGGCUCCUCAGUUCUGCUCCCACUAAGGAACUUGCAAGGUUCUUCUGUGGAAGCUGAGGUACUCAUCUGCGGUGGAGCUCCAUGGGAUGCAUAUGACGAGGCAACUUCAGGGAACUUCACCGAAGCAUUAAACACAUGUGCCAGGAUCCGAAUUACUGACCCGAAUCCACAAUGGACCAUGGAGACAAUGCCUCUUGCUAGAGUGAUGGGGGAUAUGACCUUACUCCCUAACGGCCAAGUCUUGAUCGUUAAUGGUGCAGCAAGGGGACUUGCCGGGUGGGAAUAUGGCAGAGAUCCAGUGCUCUACCCGGUGUUGUAUCAACCCAAUAACCAGACUGGGUCUCGGUUCCAAGUACUAAACCCAUCUACUAUUCCACGUAUGUACCAUUCCACCGCAAUCUUGGUCCGUGAUGGUAGAGUUCUAGUGGGAGGAAGCAAUCCCCAUCAUUACUACAACUUCACCGGCGUUCUUUAUCCGACGGAGUUAAGCUUAGAGGCAUUCUCACCUGCUUAUUUGGAUUCGGAAUAUUCGGGUUUACGGCCGACGAUCAACAUCCCGGAGUCGUCUAGUAAGCUAACUUACGGGCAACAAUUUGUGUUACAUUUCUCGGUGACGAGUCAGGUGAACCAGAGCUUGAUAGAGGUGACAAUGGUGGCACCAUCUUUCACGACACACUCCUUCUCCAUGAGUCAGAGGCUGUUGGUGUUGGAUAGCAGUAACGUGACAGCAGGGACGAACUCAUCGUAUACGAUAGCGGUGACGACUCCUAAUUCAAAUAUCCUAGCACCUGCUGGAUAUUAUAUUUUAUUUGUGGUUCAUCAAGAUAUACCUAGCGAGGGGAUUUGGGUUCAACUCCAGUGAUAUAUUGUAAUUUUUUCACUAUUAUUUUUUGGGAAGUCAAUAUUAUUAAUUAAUUAAUAAUUUAUGUUUAUGAUGUUCCUAAU